AUGUUUCUCCUUGCUUCUAGCUUGGCUCGAAAGAUUGAGCCCAAUAUAUCUCUCUUGAGGGAGUGUGGCAUCAGUGAGCAACGCAUCGCGCAGUUGGUGGUGAGAUUCCCAGGUUGUUUAUUGCAUGCAGAAAAAUGUAUCAAGGAAGCUAUCGAAUAUGUAGAGGAGUUGGGUGUGUCACGUGACUGUAAAAUGUUCCCUCGUGCACUGUUAGCAGUCGUGACCCUGAGCAGGUCCAGGUUUGAUGCUAACUUUGCAACCCUGAUGAGCUUUGGGUGGUCCCAACCAGACAGUCUUGCUGCAUUCAGGAAGCAUCCAAGCAUUUUGAAUUUCUCAAAGAAGAACUUAUCUGACAAGAUGACAUUCCUGAUGAAGGAAGCUGGUUUUGAGCUGACAUAUAUCAUUGGCCAUCCCGUGCUUCUUACAUAUAGCUUGGAGAAGAGGUUGAGACCUCGAUAUGAAGUUAUGAAUUUUCUUGAUCAGAAUAAAUUGCUGGAUAAAGGAUAUAACCUGGUAUCUGUCGUUAAGCUAUCUGAAGAGAAGUUCAGAAACAAAUUCCUUUUCCUGCUAAGCAAGGAGAAAUUUAUUGCUCAAUAUGAUUCCUAUGUUGCUGCUGUGCAGGGAAAGCACUACGUUGUUGCGGAAAACUAG